UCGCUUCCCGGAACUGUGUUUUCCCCCUCUCCAAACCCGGGAGAGACCCGUCGCCACGGGCAUCCCCCGGCCGCGAGUUAUCCCGAACAGGACCGCCGCCGAGGAGGCUUCUCAGCUUUGUUUCGGUUCCUAGGAUUCUUUCCUUUUUUUCUUUCCUUCCCUGUUUCAUUUUGCAAGUCGCGAUACCCCGGGUUGUUGGUUCUGUGUUUCAAUCAAGUGAAUUGGCCUGCUCGCUCGUGUCUUGCUCUUUCUUCGGACGCCAACACAACUGCCGAAGCUGCUUGUCUGGAACCGGCAAGGGCGCCAGCAACGGAGGCGCCUUUCCUACCCCUUCUCCUACACUACACUCUAUCGAGCCCUGCCCGCCAGAAACUCAACUCUCCGCCUCCCAGCAGCGCCAAGCCAUGACGGCCAUCCCGAAAGGCAUCAAGGCCGUGCUGGCCAAGGCCCCGACCGACGUGGUCAUCCUCUCGUCCCUCCGCACGCCCAUCUGCCGCUCGUACCGCGGCCAGCUCAAGGAUGCUUUCCCGGAGGAGCUCCUGUCGGUCGUGCUCCGCGCGACGCUCGACAAGGUUCCGCAGCUCGACCCGGCCGCCGUCGAUGAUGUCGCCGUCGGCGUCGUGCUCAGCGAGCUGGGCGGGUCCAAGGCCGCCCGCAUGGCCAUGAACCACGUCGGCUUCCCGUCGACCACGUCGCUCUACACGGCCAACCGCGCGUGCGCGUCGUCGCUGCAGAGCAUCGCCCUGGUCGCCGCCCAGAUCCGCACCGAGAUGAUCGACGUCGGCAUCGGCGCCGGCAUGGAGAGCAUGACGCGCAACUACGGCUCCAAGGCGAUCCCCGUCGACCUCUGGCCCGCCCUGCGCGAGUCCCCCGUCAAGGACGCGCGCGACUGCAUCAUGCCCAUGGGCCUGACCAGCGAGAACGUGGCGCGCCGGUAUGGCGUCAGCCGCGCGGACCAGGACGCCUUCGCCGUCGAGUCGCACCUGCGGGCGGCGCGCGCGCGCGACUCGGGCGCCUUCGACGCCGAGAUCGUCCCCGUCACGACGCGCUUCCAGGAGGUCGACAAGGCGGGCAACGCGGUCGGCGAGCCGCGCACCGUCACCGUCACGCAGGACGACGGCAUCCGCCCCGGCGCCUCGGCCGAGUCGCUCGCCAAGCUCAAGCCCGCCUUCACGCCCGACGGCGCCAGCACGGCCGGCAACUCGAGCCAGGUCAGCGACGGCGCGGCCGCGACGCUGCUGAUGCGCCGCAGCACCGCCACGCGGCUCGGCCUGGCCGACCACAUCCUGGGCCGCUUCGUCGCCGCGACCGUGGCCGGCUGCGCGCCCGACGAGAUGGGCAUCGGCCCGGCGCUGGCGAUCCCCAAGCUGCUCGCGCAGGUCGGGCUAGAGCCCCGCGACGUGCACCGCUGGGAGAUCAACGAGGCGUUCGCCAGCCAGGCGAUCCACUGCGUGCGCGCGCUCGGGCUCGAGGCCGCCUGGCGCGACGGCGCCGUCAACCCGGACGGCGGCGCCAUCGCCCUCGGCCACCCGCUCGGCGCCACCGGCGCCCGCAUGGUCGCCACGCUCAUGCACGGCCUGCGCAGGUCCGGUGGCGAGGUCGGCGUCGUCAGCAUGUGCAUCGGCACGGGCAUGGGCAUGGCCGGGGUGUUUGUCAGGGAAUGAACGGGCCUUGCGGGUGAUGAGCUUCUUACGGGAAGGGGGUUGGGAUUGCUCGGGCGGUGGGGUGCUUUCUUGUAAAUAGUACCAGGUAAAUAUGCAAGGGUGUACCGUCGGAGGAGUAAGGCCCUGAUUGUUCAACGCU